AUGGCGACCGCCGCGACAGCUGUUUAUCCGAAUAUGCGGGAAACAUUUGAACAUCUUCAGACACCCACCGAUAAGUCCGCCGCAAGAGACCUGGAGGCAUGUUGCUUUCCUACACUCACCGACGGCGUUGUUACCACCACCACAACUGAACGAAUCCCCGUCGCAUUGAAUAGUUUGCGCGCUCGAGAGGUUUGCGAGAAGCUCCAGAUAUCCUUGCCGCGUCUUGUCAGCGCUGCGUGGACCUUGGUCUUGAAGUUAUAUACUGGAGCCGACAAGCUAUGUUUUGGCUACAUCGCCACAGAGUAUCAGAGCGGAGUACUUCUCUGCUAUGCCGACCUAGAAAAUAGAGAAACAACAGUCGGAGGUCUUUUGAGAGGGGUGCAACCCGAGCACUACCCUCUAGAUGAAGGAGAUGAGAAGAAGCGCAAUCAUAUCCUAUUUGACACUGUCGUCUCUACGAUCGAAACGGCGCGAGUGAUUGAGGAGGGCGCCAACGUACCCCACAUCUACGUCAAUAUUGAUAUCGCUGCAACUCUCACAACUAUUCACCUAAAUUUUCAAACUGCUCACCUGAGCCCCGCGCAUGCGGCCAGCGUUGCUGAAACCCUAUCUCAGGCUCUCCAGCAGAUCAUAGAUGUUUCCGACAUCGAAACUGUAAAUGUCGAGCAACUCGACUUACUCGGCGACGAUCGCAGACGCCAGAUGAUCGAGAACAACGCGGCUGUUCCGGGGCCUAUCCAAACUACGGCCCACGCCCUAAUUUAUAAACGUACCCUCGAAAAUCCUACCGCCCCAGCAGUAGAUGGAUGGGAUGGUCAAUUUACUUACCAACAGCUUGACGAGAUUGCUACUCGUCUUGCCAGUUGCCUUGUAUCUCUUGGCGUUGGGCCAGAGGUUAUCGUUCCCCUUUGCUUCGAGAAAUCUACUUGGACCAUUGUCUCAAUGCUUGCAAUCAUGAAAGCAGGUGGAGGAAUGACCUUCUUAGACCCAUCUCACCCCGCGGAAAGACUGGAAGGCAUCCUUGCUCAAACAAAAGCUUCAAUCAUACUGGUGUCGCCAAAGUAUGAAGCCAUGUGGGAAGGUAGAGUCAAUCAUAUCAUUCCCGUCUCCCACGAGACGAUCGAGACAUUACCAAUUGCCGGUUCUUCGUCUCUCGUCAACGGAGUGGAACCACACAAUAUCCUUUACAUAAUAUUCACGUCAGGUAGCACCGGCACCCCUAAGGGUGUAAUGGUACCGCACAACUCAUUUCUCGCCGGUGUUCUUCAUCAAGCCAAGCAAGGUGGUAUGAUAACUAGCGCAUCGCGAGUGCUUCAGCUCGCAUCAUACACGUUCGAUGUAUCGAUCUUAGAAACUUUGACCGCACUUGUUCUCGGCGCUUGCAUUUGCGUGCCAUCUGAGGUGUCCCUCGCCGAUAGCAGCAAAGGUGGCAUUGCUGGUGCAGUCAACGCAUAUAAAGCUAGCUGGACCUUCCUUACGCCUUCUCUAGCCAAGGUGGUCCGUCCUUCCGACGUUCCUACCUUGAAGACCCUUGUUUUGGGAGGCGAAGCUCUCUCGCGAGUUGAUAUCGAUCAAUGGGCAGGCCAUUUACAGCUAGCAAACGGUUAUGGACCCUCUGAAUGUUCGAUUGCCGCGACAUGUAAUCCAAAGCUCAGCCUAACGUCAGACCCAGCCAAUAUCGGACGACCUAUGGGCGGAGUUGUAUGGGUUGUUACACCAGAUGACCCUAAUGUACUGGUCCCAAUUGGAGCACUUGGAGAACUGCUAGUCGAAGGUCCCCUCCUUGCCCGUGGUUACCUAGGAGACGAAGCCAAAACGAAAGCUGCCUUUAUCGACGCUCCUACUUUUGUCCUAGAUUCUUCAAAGCGGAUGUAUAGGACCGGUGACCUAGUUCGUGCGAACCCAGAUGGCUCGCUUACUUUUGUCGGCCGCAUUGGCACCCAAGCCAAAGUGCGUGGGCAACGCAUAGAACUCGGUGCCGUGGAGCACUUGCUUGGACGGCACGCCGAAGUCAGCCAUGCAAUUGCGCUAUUACCACCGUCAGGGAAUUUCAGGAAAAGAUUGAUCGCGGUAGUAGCGACCAAACGGAGUACAAGUAGCUCAGAGACUCAACUGUCGCUGCUUAAAGAUUUAAAUACUGCUGCGCUGAUCAAAGACAUGAAGGAAACGCUAGCUGCUAAGGUUCCAGGUUACAUGGUCCCAACGAGUUGGCUUUUAGUUGAGGGAAUCCCACUCAUGAGCUCCGGAAAAUUGAACCGUGUUGCAGUUUCCCGGUGGGUACAAGGGAUGGAUGAUGCCGUGUACCUGGAGGCCAUGGACCAAGAGGAAGACGUGGAUGCUGUGGAUUUGGCAGAGGGCACGACUCAAAGUGGUGGAUCCAUUCAGGAGAAACUCGUCAAAGUGCUCAGUCACGUCCUCAACCUCCCUUCGGAUAAAAUAAAAUCUCAUCGCAGCUUCCUUACCCUUGGCGGUGACUCUAUUUCGGCUAUGCAAGUCGUGUCGAGAAGCCGCUUGGAGGGCGUAGCUGUUUCCAUCAAAGAUGUUUUGACUGCAAAAACAAUUGCCCAUCUCGUGGGUCUGGCCCGAGAAAGUGGACAAUUUUCGAUAUUCACGGAGGAAACUUUUGACAAGUCUUUUGGACUCAGCCCAGUUCAAAACAUGUUUUUUGAAGCUGCAGAGAACUGGUUGGAGGAUGGUGAUACACAUUAUAAUCAAAGCUUUCUGCUUCGCUUGGAGAGGAGGAUCCCCAUCGAGCAGGUUGCGGAUGCAAUUGAACAGGUUGUGGCGCGGCAUUCGAUGCUCCGAGCUAGAUUCAACUGCGAUGACGAUGGAAGAUGGACUCAAUAUGUCCCCAAAGAAGUUGCAGGCGCCUACGAAUUCGCCUCCGUAAAGGAGAGUGAUAUGAAGAAGAUUGCAGCGAUGGCUUCAUUCCGCCAGACUCUUCUCGACAUUGAGAAUGGACCGGUCUUUACAGCAGACUUGUUUGUCUCCGAAGAUUCACAACUUCUCUUCCUUGUAGGACACCACCUUAUUGUUGACUGGGUUUCUUGGCGGGUCAUUCUGAAAGAUUUGGAAGAUUUACUUGUUUCUGGGCAAAUUACUUCAGAGACACCUUUGCCAUAUCAAACAUGGCUACAACUGCAACAAAACCACGCGGUUCAAAACCUCACCCCGCACCUCGCUUUCCCGUUCACUAUUUCACCUUCUGAGUAUACUUACUGGAGCAUGGACCGCAGUAGCUCGCUCUCUAUGAACACGACAGAGAAUACUACUCAGGCCAUCUUCCAACUUGAUAGCCAAACGACAUCAAGGCUUCUUCAAGACGUCCACUCUGCCCUUCGCACGGAGCCGCUAGAGCUGUUCAUUGCUGCACUCCUAUACUCAUUUACAAAUAUCUUUCCGGAUCGCCCUCCCGUGACUAUAUUCCGUGAAGGUCAUGGCCGUGAGCCAUGGGCAGAUGAAAUCGAUGUAUCUGGCACAGUCGGCUGGUUUACAACGAUGCACCCGUUCCCUGCUGCCGUAGCCAAAAGUCACACUUUUGUGCAAGUCCUCAAACACGUCAAGGAUGUGCGCCGAGCCAUCAAAGCAAACGGAUUCUCAUACUUCGCCUCGCGAUUUUAUAACGAGCAAGGAAAGAAAACCUUUGCUGGGCACGCGCCUGUGGAGGUCAUGUUUGAUUACCUUGGCUUGUAUCAGCAACUCGAGCGCUCUGAUGCUCUUCUGAGGAAAGAGGAGUGGCCCGAAAAUACCCACGUCUCAGAUGUCGGAAAGGAUCUCCUCAGGACGACGUUGUUUGAGAUAACUGCUGAAGUAAUCAAAGGAGAAUUACAGUUUACUUUUGACUAUUGCAAGUAUAUGGAUCAUCAAGACCGAAUCGAAGAGUGGGUCACUACUAUGAAGAGCACGCUCAGCAGCGUCGCUGAUCAGCUGGUCGGCCUCGAGAGGCAAGCGACUCUAAGUGACUUCCCACUCCUGCAGCUUCGGAACUACGAAGAUCUGGAUAUCUUGGUCCAGGAUCGGCUUCGCUGUGCUGGCGUUGAUAACAUUGAUGCGAUAGAGGAUGUCUAUCCUAUUUCCUCGAUGCAGCAGGGUCUUCUCAUUGCUCAAACCAAAUCUCAAAAACUUUAUCAAUACCAUGUGAUCCAAGAAGUCAGAACUGUAAAUGCCAACUACUCAAUCGAUAUCGAAAAACUGAUGGCUGCCUGGCAAAGGGUUGUGAAUUGCCACUCCUCACUCCGGACAACGUUCAUCCGUAGCGUGUCUGGAGAACGGACUUAUGAUCAGGUGGUUCUCAAGCAUGUUAUCGCAGACAUGGCUCACUCUAAGCAUGGAACGAAGGAAUUGGCACUGUCUUUCCUUGCUGCACAACCUUUCAUCAGCUUCGACAACGGCCAUGUUCCCCAUCGCCUCACCGUUGCCGAGGUCGUUGGCGGUCCUGUUCUGGUUAAAAUUGAAAUCAACCAUGCCAUCGUGGAUGGUGCAUCCAUGGCUGUCGUUGUCGCUGACCUUUGCGCCGCAUAUGAAGAUUCUGAAUACAGUCGUGUCGGAACGCCUUUUGCAGACCAUAUUUCCUGGCUUCAAGAGCAGGUUGACAACGGGGACUCGAUUAGCUACUGGACCGGAUAUCUAGCUGGCCAGGACCUAAGCAUGUUCCCCCUCCUCUAUGAUGGAGUUAAGGUGGAAGAGGAUCAGGCCAAGCUCCACAUGGCCACACUUGGCCUUGGCCCCGAGAUUACCACCGAGAUGCGCGCUUUUGCCUCUGCUCAGGGUAUCACAGUUGCAAAUAUUUUUCUACUAGCAUGGAGUCUCGUGCUUCGAGAAUAUACAGCAUCUGACCGUGUUGCGUUCGGUUUCUUGGGUUCUGGUCGUGGAGGUUCUCUUUCCGACAUUGAUGGCUCCGUCGGUGCGUUCAUCAACAUGCUCAUUUGCAGUGUAAAGUUCAAUCUUACUGCGACUCUCCGCGAGCUUUUGCAGACUACCCAAGAUCAACUUACCAAUAGCAUGGCUCAUCAACAUUGCAGCCUGGCGAAGAUUCAGCAUUCACUGGGGCUGCUACAUGGUCAAAAUUUGUUCAAUACUCUGGUGUCUUUCCAAGCGAUGCAGAGCGGAGAUAUGGAGUCUGACGCUAGUCUUAAGUUCUCAAAGGUUGCAGAGCACGAUCCCACAGAAUACGACAUCACUAUCAAUAUCUUCUCUUCUGAUGCUAGCACCUUGGUCAACCUGGCCUACUGGACGAACUCAUUUUCAGAUGCACAAGCGAACAACAUCGUGGAGACUUUCGGCCAAGCAUUGCAUCUCAUUAUUAACAAUGCCAACUCUCGUGUCGAAUCUGUCGAUCUGCUGAGCAAGUCCCACCUCAACCAGAUCCUCCUCUGGAACAACACCCAACUAGACCCUGUCAAUUCUUGUCUCCAUCGUUUCUUUGAAGCACAAGUAGCGCGUCAGCCAAAUGCUCCUGCUAUCAAUGGUUUUGAUGGUGACUUUACUUAUUCUGAGCUCGAUAUAGUUGCCACCAAACUUGCUCAACACCUAGCCCUCCACACCGGUGUCGGCCCUGGGUCUCAUGUUCCCUUCUGCUUCGAAAAAUCAACCUACGCGAUCAUCGCCAUGCUAGCCAUAUUGAAAAGUGGUGGUGCCUGCGUAGCACUCAAUCCCGCCCACCCUGAUGAGCGUUUGAAAGGUCUUAUCCAGGAUGUAUCUGGCCAAACAAUCCUUGCAAGUCCAGCUCAUACAGGGAGAUUCAAAGACACAGUCAAACACAUCGUGGAAGUAUCAGCCGAGUCUCUUGUACGGCUACCUAAUGUAAGUUAUACUAACAUAGAAUGGAGCGAUAGAGUCCAGCCCAGCAAUCCAGGCUUCGUCGUCUUUACCUCGGGUUCUACAGGAAAGCCUAAAGGCAUUGUUCUUUCCCACACCGCUCUCAGCAGCUCCGCGCGUGACCAUGGGUCAGGAAUGAGAAUUGAUGCCCACACGAGGGCACUGCAAUUUGCGGCUUACACAUUCGACGUGUCUAUUGGUGAAAUCUUUACAACUCUGGCUCGUGGUGGAUGCGUCUGCGUGCCUUCAGACCAAGAUCGUUUAAACGACUUAGUGCGGGUAAUGAAUGAUUUGCAAGUCAACUGGGCAUAUCUUACCCCAACAGUCGCCACCAUGAUCCAACCUCGCCAAGUUAAUCUGAACGUGCUCUGCUUAGGUGGUGAGGCGUUGAGACAAGAGAACGUGAUUACUUGGGCUGAACAUGUGCAUCUUGUUAAUAUCUACGGUCCCGCAGAGACUACUAUCUGGUCUACUGCGCUAGCUGGAUUGUCUCGUGAUACUCCUGCUGCUACCAUUGGCACCUCAAUAGGGCCAAGUUCAUUGAUGUGGGUUACAAGUGUGACUGACUACAACAAGCUUUGCCCGAUUGGUGUUGUGGGAGAGCUUCUCAUCGAAGGUCCUCUCCUCGCUGACAAGUAUAUCAAUGAUACCGAGCGAACAAAGACCUCAUUCGUUGAAAAUCCUGCUUGGGCCAAGGGAGGUCUCACCCGUCGCUUCUAUCGCUCUGGCGAUCUGGUACGAUAUAACUCCAACGGAACCCUGGAUUUUAUGGGUCGCAAAGAUACGCAAGUUAAGCUUCAUGGUCAGCGUAUCGAGCUUGGAGAGAUUGAGUAUCAUUUGAAACCAGCGAUACUCGCUUUUGGAGCAGUUGAUGCCGUCGUCGAGAUGGUUAAUUUAGGCAACUCGGCUCAUCUGAUGGCUUUUUUCACCAUGAAACAUGUUGAAAUCGAGACUCAAAGUGGCGAAAGCCAGUUCCUCACAACUAUGCCGGAUUUGAUACAGAAGAAUUUGGCUUAUGUCGAGAGUGUGAUGGCGAUGCGACUACCAGCCUAUAUGGUGCCCUCAACCUACGUCCCUAUCAGCCACAUGCCGACGACAGUAUCUGGCAAACUUGACCGCAAGGCUCUUAAGAACAUUGCAUCCACGCUUUCCUCCGAGCAACUCGCGAAGUAUGGAUCAGCUACGGCAGACAAACGUGCGCCCGGGACUAACAUGGAAAAGAGACUGCAGACUAUAUGGGCUCAGUGCAUGGACAUUCCUCCUGAGGCUAUUGGUGCUGAAACUAACUUCUUCCGUCUCGGAGGUGAUUCAGUGGUUGCCAUGAGACUGGUCGCCGCUGCUCGUACUGAAGGUAUUGUUCUCGAGGUCGGCGAUAUCUUCCGAUGUCCAAGACUGAUGGAUAUGGCUGUCACUGCUUCAGUUAGUCCGGACAUUAUUACUUCAGCUGAAUCCGUCGCACCCUUUACACUUCUUGGGCACAACCACCAGGACUCUGCUGCCAUGGAGCCGCACUUGGACGAUAUUGCUCUGCAAUGCCAAGUUGAUAAGGACGCAAUUCUGGAUGCAUAUCCCUGUACGCCGCUUCAAGAAGGCCUGCUCGCUUUGUCGGGCAAGCAACCUGGUGCUUAUAUUGCUCAGAACGUGUUCCGCAUUCCCGACGGCGAAGACGUUACUAAAUUCAAGAACGCUUGGAAUGUUGUAAUCUCUUCAACCGAUAUCCUGAGGACACGCAUUGUGUACUCAGAGUCAGUUGGGGCUGUCCAGGCCGUUAUUCGUGGGGAUGUUACCUGGCAACACGGCACAUCGCUUCAGGGAUAUCUCGACAACGAUAAGGAAAUACCUAUUCAAUAUGGUAGCCCACUUUCUCGUUAUGCGAUCAUUGAAGCCGAGCCUGAGCGAUUCUUCGUUUGGACUGCUCACCAUGCAGUAUACGACGGUGUUUCGCUGCAAGCUAUAUUAGAGAAAGUCUCCCAAGCGUACCAUGGAACCCAGGUGAUUCAGCACUCUCCAUUCAAUGUCUUCAGCAAGUAUCUCUUGAGCACCAAUGAUGAGAAACUUAAGAAAUAUUGGCAAUCCCAGCUUGAAGGCACACGACCGGCAAGCUUCCCGGAAAUCAAACCAGUGACCCUUCCCAAUGUAAUUGAUACAAGGUCAUGCACCCACAAGAUACAAUACUCCCAAAACGCAACGAGGUCACUCGGAAUAACUCUCUCGUCCAUUUUGCGCGCUGCUUGGGCCAUAGUUGUUGCUAGUCAUUCGGAUUCCGACGAGGCUGUAUUUGGAGUGACACUCACCGGCCGCAACGCACCCAUCAACGGUAUCGAGAAUUUGAUUGGACCAAUGAUCACAACUGUCCCACUUCGAGUCCAACUUCAGGACGAUCAGCCCGUCGCUAAGUUGCUUGAACUAAUGCAGAACCAAGCGGCUGAUAUGAUUCCCUUCGAACACGCCGGACUGCAAAACAUCCAUCGCCUAGGUGAAUCGGCACAGAAUGCCUGUGGCUUUCGAACCCUUCUCGUUGUGCAGCCUGGUGAUCAAGCGGAUGCUCAAGUUCUCGGCUUAGAAAUUGUCAAGGGCAACGAGCAAAGCUUCCACAGCUACCCACUUGUUCUCGAGUGUAAUAUUCUUGAUGAUGGUCAAGCUGAAAUAGACGUCGAGUAUAAUGCGAGCAUAAUAUCGACUCAAGCCCUAGGGUUCGUGUUGAACCAGUUUGGAAAUCUUGUUAAUAAAAUCAGCGCUAUCACGGCCGACUCUAGCUUGAACACUGCAGACCUUUACUUGCUCAGCCCCCGGGACCUGGCUCAGAUCCAGGAAUGGAAUGGUGUCUACCCAGAAAUAGUCAACGCAACAGUACACGAGAUGGUUGAGAGACAAGUCAUGGCGACUCCUAGCGCGAUUGCCGUCGACGGACAUGAUGGCUCUUUAACCUAUCAACAACUGGAUUACCUUGCAGCAAAAUUGGCACAAUAUCUUGUACAGCACUUUGGAGUAGGCCCUCAGAGCAUGGUCCCAUUUUGCUUCGACAAGUCGACUUGGGCCAUUAUUGCCAUGUAUGCGGUGCUUAAGGCUGGCGGUACCUGCGUGGCCUUAAAUCCAUCCCACCCGUUCGAUCGACUUCAGGAUAUCAUCGAGCAGACCUCGGCAGUACUCAUCUUGGUUGGGCCCGCGUAUCGCAACAAGUUUGCUGAUAUUGCUGCUAUGACGCUUUGUGUGGAGAAACGGACGCUCGAUGCCCUCCCUGCUAUGGUUAGCAACACGAUGUGGACAUCUGUCUCUCCUAGCAACGUCGGUUUCGUUGUUUUUACCUCAGGUUCUACUGGAAUGCCCCAGGGGAUCACUCUCGAACACCGUGCAUUGUGUACAAGUGCCCGCGCACACGGCCAUGCCAUGCGUAUAUCUUCCAAGUCAAGGGUGCUUCAGUUCGCACCCUAUACUUUUGCCGUAUCAAUUGGAGAAAUUUUUACGACAUUAAUCCACGGUGGUUGUGUUUGUGUACCCUCGGAAACUACGAGAAUGAGCAACCUUAUUGGCGUCGUUAAGAAUAUGAAUAUUAACUGGGCCUACCUAACACCAACUGUUGCUAUUUUGUUAGAACAUCCUUCCAAGGUGCCCACCCUUGAGACUCUUUGCCUCGGUGGUGAACCGGUUAAGAAGGAGAAUAUCGAAUUGUGGGCUGAUUGUCUCCACCUCAUCAACAUCUACGGCUCAGCUGAGACUACUAUUUGGUCCACUGCUCUCACAUCUCUGGCUGAUACUACUUCACCUGCUAAUCUCGGAUUUGGUAUUGGUGCCUGGAUGUGGAUUGUUAAUUCCGAGAAACAAAAACUUGCACCUAUCGGGUGCAUAGGAGAGAUUUAUAUCGAAGGUCCUAUAUUAGCUCGUGGUUAUCUCAAUGAUCCUAGUAGGACUCAAGCAACUUUCAUCGAGAAUCCAAAAUGGAUUUCAAAGUCAGAAAGCACCAGGCGGUUCUACAAGACCGGUGAUUUGGCAAAAUACAAUCCUGACGGCUCGAUCGAGUUCAUAGGUCGUCGCGACGCCCAGAUCAAGCUUCGCGGGCAGAGGAUCGAGUUAGCUGAAAUUGAGCACCAUCUGAAAUCUCAGCUCAGCAAGUUAAUUGGUGUUAUCGACGUAGCUGUGGAGAUGGUGAGACUUCCACAGCGCUCUACGGAUCCUCUGCUUGUGGCUUUCUUCACCGGACACGACAAUAAGUCUACCGAGAACCUUGAUCUCACCAUGUCCAUCGAGCUGAAGAGCAAGCUUAUCGAAGCUGAAAGUAACAUCGCAUUUGCACUCCCUCCAUACAUGAUUCCAUCUCUUUAUGUUCCACUUAAGUCCAUGCCAAUGUUGGUUUCCGGCAAGCGGGAUCAUACAAGGCUCCAGGAUAUUGCACAAAGCCUCAACAACGAUCAAUGCAAUAGCUAUUCUCUUACCUCCGAGGGCGAUAAACACAAUCCGUUCACAGAAAUGGAGGUAAAGCUUCAACGUCUGUGGUCCAAUGUUCUCGGUAUGCCACUUGAAAGUAUAGGCGCCAAGGAUAGCUUUUUGGGACUUGGUGGUGACUCCAUUAAGGCCAUGCGGCUUGCUGCAGCUGCACGAGCGGAGAACUUGAACUUGACGGUUGCCGAUAUCUUUCGUCGGCCCCGGUUGAAUGAGAUGGCAAGUCAAGUCUAUUCCUGCAAGGCUGAAGACAGGCCAUAUUCUAGUGAGGACCCUUUACCAUUUAGCUUAUUACCUUCUGCAAGCAAGCUCGAUGCCGUUGUAGAUGAGCUUAACACUUACCUCGGCGAUGAGGUGAUCGUGGAGGACGCUUACCCAUGCACAUCGCUCCAAGAGGGCAUGUUCUCCUUGUCAAUGAAGCAAACAGGUGCCUAUCUCGCUCAGAACGUCUUCCAGAUACCCACAUCCGUUGAUAUGGCCAAAUUUCGUGAUGCAUGGGAAAGAGUCUUUGAGGUAGUAGAUAUUCUCAGAACUAGACUGGUAUUCACAGAGGAUGCUGGACUUGUUCAGGUUGUACUAGACGAGGAUAUCGACUGGCAGACACCAAAUUCAUCUCUUGAUGAUUACCUUCAGGCUGACCGAGCAAUCCCUAUUACUUACGGAUGCCGGCUAGUCCGUCUCGCUGUCCUUCGAAAUGAAGGUGGUGGUUGGUAUUUUGUUUGGACUAUCCACCACGCCUUGUAUGAUGGAGGUAGUGUCGGCGAAAUCCUUGGAAGGGUUAACCGUGCAUUCGCUGGAGAACAAAUUGCCAAGUCAUCUCCAUUUAGCAACUUUAUCAAAUACUGUCUAGACGUUGAUAUCGAAGCUCGCAACUCUUACUGGAACACCUACCUAGAUGGAGCUACUCCAGGCGUUUUCCCAAUCGCACCUUGUUUCAGCAACAGUCUUGAAACUAAUGAACAGUUUCUUAGCCACAAGAUGCAAAUUCCCGUCGAAAGCGGUGACUCGUAUAUUACGAGGUCCACUAUCAUUCGCGCUUCGUGGGCAAUCAUCAAUGCUCGAUAUGCUGAUGCUGAUGACGUUGUCUUCGGUAUGACCCUUGCAGGGCGCAACGCCUUGAUUCAACAAGAUACUAUCGGGCCCAUGAUCACUACCGUCCCGACUAGGGUUAUAGUUAAUUGCGAACAGUCAGUUUCAUCAUUCCUAGAUGCUGUCCAGUCUCAAACAAUCGACAUGAUUCCAUUCGAGCAUACCGGCAUCCAGCAGAUCAAGAAUCUAAGCCAGGUUGCUAGCGCGGCUUGUGACUUCCGCAAUUUGCUGGUUAUUCAACCGAGAGGAAGCCUUGAAUCCGAUGAAGACAUGGAGUUAAUUGGUCUAGAAGGAUUGGAUAUUACGCAAACUCACUUCCAUACGUAUCCCAUGGUAAUAGAGUGUUACUUGGACGAUGAUGACACCAUUGAGAUCCAGGCACACUACGACGCCAAUACAGUACAACCGGACCAAAUGAAAGCGAUCUUACACCAAUUUGAGCACGUCAUUUUACAACUCAAACUCAACCCGGCCAACAAAUCCAUUAAGGACCUCAUCACUCUCAGCCCCUACGAGCAAGCUCAGUUGACUACAUGGAACUCCCAGGAGCUUCAUGUGGAAGAAGCAUGCAUCCAUGGACUCUUUGCCGAGCAAGUAUCGGUGGCUCCCCAAGCGCCUGCCGUCUGCGCCUGGGACGAGAAUUUCACCUAUGCCGAGCUCGACGACCUCAGUGAUAGACUUGCGCAGCACCUCAUUAACCUGGGGGUGGGACCAGAAGUAAUUGUACCCCUAUGUUUCAAUAAGUCAGCCUGGACUGUGGUGUCAUACUUAGCUGUGCUCAAAGCGGGAGGUGCGUGUGUAGGCCUCGACCCUAGUCAUCCUAAGAAGCGUAUGCAGGAGAUGGUCAAACGGACUGGUGCCCGGAUUAUAGUUGCUGCUACCAAGAACAAGCCGGUUGUGCAAGAUUUCUUGGAAGAAGAAGUCGUUGCAGUCGAUCGCGCAUUAUUCGACAGUCUUCCCCAAAUGAAGGGAGACUUAUUCAGCAAGGCCGAGCCUAAAAACACAGCAUUUGUUCUAUUUACUUCAGGAAGUACUGGAACUCCCAAGGGGAUUGUCAUUGAGCAUGCAUCGUUUUGCACGUCCGCACGAGCACACGGCGAUGCUUGGGAGAUUGGGCCUAGCACUCGUGUCUUCCAAUUUGCUGCUCAUACUUUCGACGUUUCCCACGCGGACAUGUUUACUACUAUUACCCGGGGUGGAUGUGUCUGUGUGCCUUCGGACGAUGAGCGCUUGAAUGACCUUAGCGGCGCUAUGCGCAGAAUGGAUGUUAAUUGGGCGUUCUUUACUCCCACUGUCGCUCGGCUGCUGCAUCCUUCUCAGAUUCCCUGCCUUAAGACCAUGGUGCUAGGUGGAGAAGCCUCGACUCGCGAGAAUGUGCAGAAUUGGGCCGCACACCUAAAGCUCAUUAUUUGCUAUGGACCGGCAGAGACUUCAAUAUAUUGUGCUGGCACCAAGGCCUCUGUUGACUGCGAUCCAUCCAAUGUUGGCCAUGCAAUCGGUGGAAAGUUUUGGAUUGCUGAGAUGACCGAUUCUACGAAACUCUCUCCUAUUGGCUGCAUUGGUGAGUUGUUGAUCGAAGGUCGUAUAGUUGCUCGAGAAUAUUUGAAUGAUGGAGAGAAAACCGCUGCGGCAUUUAUCAACCGACCAAAGUCAUGGCUUCCAGGAUUACCGGACGAGUUGGCGGAGCAUCGUCUUUACAAAACUGGAGACCUUGCAAAAUAUAAUCCUAAUGGAACCAUCUGUAUAAUGGGCCGCAAAGAUUCUCAAAUAAAGCUAAGAGGCCAACGUGUCGAACUUGGUGAGAUCGAACACAACAUCAAACGCGAACUUAGCCACCUAGGAAACACCAAUGUAGUUGUCGAAAUGAUACGUCCGGCCGAUCGUCCAGAUGCUCCAUACCUUGCAGCCUUCUUUAGCACCGGCAUCAGUUCCAACGCAGGUUCCGACGACCUCCGUUUGGCCAUGGACGAAAAUCUCCAGAUCGAGCUUCUUUGCCUUGAGUCCGUCCUUGCAGAGCUAUUGCCUUCUUAUAUGAUUCCUUCAACCUACAUCCCCCUGAAGCGGAUGCCUUUGACAUUAUCAGGCAAACGUGAUAAGCGUGUUCUCAACGACAUCAUCAACAAACUUACCAAGGGCGAGCUAUCAACCUAUUCCCUUGAGAACGCUACUAAGCGUAAGGCUUCAACUCCGAUUGAAAAUGAUCUGCAAAAGCUCUGGGCAUCUAUUCUUGGACUUGGUGUGGACUCGGUAGGCGCCGAUGAUAGUUUUUUCCGUCUUGGUGGUGACUCUAUUGCUGCUAUGCGGCUUGUUGCGGAGGCUCAGAAGCAAGACAUUACCCUUACAGUUGCCCAAAUAUUCAGCAAUCCUCGACUGUGCGAGAUGGCAAAAGUUGCAAUGGCUGCCGUUACGAUCCAGCCCGCCGAUAUUGCACCCUUCUCCCUUUUGAACCUCUCACAGGCCGAAAACAAACUCAAACUGGCCAGCAUUGCAGAACAGUGUGGAAUCCAGACGUCCACUGUCCUCGACGCUUACCCCUGCACGCCGCUCCAAGAAGGAUUGGUUGCCCUUUCCCUCAGAAGCAGCGGUGCUUAUCUAGCACAAAAUGUCUUCCGCUUCGAACAGGAGCGUGUGGAUAUUGAGCGAUUCUGCUCUGCUUGGAUUGCCACCGUGCGGGCUACAGAUAUCCUUCGCACUCGCGUCGUGAACUUGGAAGGCGUUGGUGCUGUGCAAGUCGUGCUUGACGAGGAGGUCCACUGGAGCAGAGGAUCAUCUCUGGAAGAGUAUCUUGUAGAAGAUAAGCGGAUUGAAAUCAGAUACGGAGCUCCCUUGAGUCGCUAUGCCAUAAUUGACGGAGGCGAUGGCCAAAUUUAUUUCGUUUGGACAGCUCAUCAUGCCUUAUAUGACGGCCAAUCCCUUGCUCUCAUUGUGGAGCAAGUUGAGCACGCAUACAUGGGAACCACAUUAACCCCUUCCCCAUCUUUCCGCAGUUUUAUUGACUAUGUGACAAAGGUUGAUGCCGAAACUCGCGAUAAUUAUUGGCGUGACUUGCUCAAAGGCGCAAGCUUUCCAGCUUUCCCUGUCAAACCAACCUCCAUUACUACUGAACGACGGGAGCAGCGUCUCACUCAUCGAAUUGAGUUUUCGACUCAAUCUGGCUCCCACAUCACUUCUCCAACAGUCAUUCGAGGUGCAUGGGCCAUGGUCGUAGCGAGAUAUUCAGACAUGGAAGAGGCUAUAUUUGGCACUGUUCUGACGGGCAGAAACGCGCCUGUAAAGGGCAUGUCUGGUAUCAUCGGCCCAACCCUCGCAACAGUACCGAUCAGAGUGCAAAUCGAUGAGCGGAAGGCCAUAAAGACCUUUCUAGAAGACGUUCAACAAGCAUCCAUCAACAUGAUCCCUUUCGAGCAAACCGGUCUCCAGAAUAUCAAACGUAUUCUUGGCCCAGCCGCUCAUGCUAUUUGCGACUUCCAGAACCUCCUCGUCAUACAGCCAUCAGUCAAACAUAGACGGGAUACUGCAAGUGACGCUUCCACACUUGGAUUGGAAUCCAUGCUCGACGCACCCGCCAACUUCCACACGUACCCUCUCGUUGUGGAGUGCAUUUUAGAGGACGGAACCGUUGAAAUCGACACCAGCUUCGAUGCCAAUACUAUCAGCUCGGAAGGAAUGCAGCGCAUUCUCCAUCAAUUCGAACAUGCUAUGAAGCAACUUAACAACGGCCGGCUCGAUGAAUCUGCGGGAGCCAAGCCCAUACACUCUGUGGAACUGGUCAGCUCCUAUGAUCUUGAGCAGAUACACGAAUGGAAUAAAGUCGAACCUGUUCCCGUCGAGGCCUGUCUGCACGAUCUUGUGAAGCUAAUGGCGCAGUCCCAGCCUGAUGAUUCCGCCGUAGAGGGGUGGGAUGGAAACUUUACUUACCGUCGCCUUGAUCAACUAUCCGAACAGCUUGCGCAUCAUCUCGUCAAACACAAUGUUGGCCCGGAGUCGCUUGUUCCUUUUUGUUUUGAUAAAAGCUCGUGGACAAUUGUUGCAAUGCUAGCAGUUCUUAAAGCCGGCGGUGCAUGUGUGGCUUUAAAUCCUAAACAUCCUAUCGACCGACUUCAAAGUAUUAUAAAUGACUGUUCAGCAACUGUUAUUCUUACUACUCCCACACAUAAGGGUAUGUUUGAAGAUAUAGUCGAGCAUGUUAUAUCAAUCACCCCACAGUUCUUCAAUCGCCUUCCUAUAAAAAUGUCUGCGGCUUGCUCGACCGUCAAGCCACAUCAUCCGGGCGUCGUCGUAUUUACCUCGGGCAGCACUGGCAAACCCAAGGGGAUUGUGAUAGAGCAUCGUUCCCUAUCUACGUCUGCCCGUGCACACGGUACUUCGAUGCGCCUUUCAAAGAGCUCCAGAUCUCUCCAGUUUGCGGCUUAUACUUUCGAUGUUAGUAUAGGGGAAAUAUUUUCCACCCUUAUAUAUGGCGGAUGCGUGUGCGUUCCCGCUGAGCAAGAGCGUAACGAAGAUCUCUCAGGGGUAAUUCGGCGCAUGGAAAUCAACUGGGCAUAUCUAACGCCAACGGUUGUAUCAGCAUUCCUAACACCGGAGGAAGUUCCAAUGAUCAAGACCCUCGCACUUGGUGGUGAAGCUGUCACUACUAAGUGUAUACAGGACUGGGCAGAUCAUACACAUCUGAUUAAUAUCUAUGGCCCUGCAGAGACGACGAUCUGGUCAACAUGUUUAACUGCUGUAAGCAAGGACACGCCUCCUACGAAUAUUGGCCAUGGUAUCGGAUGUCUUAUGUGGAUCACAGAUGUGGUUGACCAUAAUCGUUUAAGCCCUAUCGGGUGUGUUGGUGAGAUCUUGCUAGAGGGUCCUAUUCUAGCCAGGGGGUAUUUGAACCUACCUGACAAUACUUCUGCCUCCUUUAUUGAGGAUCCAGCCUGGGCCAAAUCUCAAACUCCUGACCGCACUCGACGUUUUUAUAAGAGUGGAGAUCUUGCUCGCUAUAAUUCCGACGGCACGUUUUGCUUUGUGGGGCGUAAAGACACCCAAGUGAAGCUUCAUGGGCAGCGCAUUGAGACUGGCGAAAUUGAACAUCACCUUGGACCACUACUUGCAAAACACGGUGUCAAAGAGGUUGCUAUUGAGAUGAUCAAGCUAAAUGAUGGGCAAAGCCAGGACCUUCUUACCGCUUUCUUCACUGGCCAUAGUCUUAUGCAGGGCGAGCCUAUCGCCGAGGGUGCUCACGGCCGCUUUUAUGCGGCAAUUCCCAGUGAAGUCCAACAACAUCUUAUCCAAGCCAGUAAUCAGCUCUCAACAUCCCUUCCUCCGUACAUGCUUCCAUCCAAAUGGAUACCCGUCAAGGAAAUGCCCCUUACAGUGUCAGGAAAGCUAGACCGCAAGACGCUCCAAACGAUUACUGUAGCACUACCAUCUAAACAGUAUGCGGCCUACGGCCUUGUAUCGGCUGAGAAGCGAGUUCCUUCGACGCUCAUGGAGAAGAAAUUGCAAGGCCUAUGGGAACAUGUCCUAAAUUUGAGCGAAGGGAGUGUGGGGGCAAACGAUAGCUUCUUUCUCCUUGGGGGAGACUCAAUUUCAGCCAUGCGUCUAAUUGGUGACGCUCGGCAAGUCGGCAUCACGCUCAAAAUGGUGGACAUAUUUAGUUAUCCGAUACUCAGUGAACUGGCCAAUACUGCCACAAGUGUAGAUGGAGCAGAGGAGUCCGAUAUGUUUGUUACUCCAUUCUCGCUCUUGCCGUCCUCCACCACUAGAGCCACCCUCAUCCAAAGCAUCGCUUCUCAGUGUGGUGUUUCUAAAAACUCCAUUAGCGAUAUUUAUCCGUCCACACCCCUUCAAGAAGGCCUUUUCGCCCUAUCACUCAAGCAAGAAGGUGCUUAUAUAGCACAAAACGUUUUCCGGAUUCCCAACUCCAUCAACUUGGACCUCUUUAAGAUGGCUUGGCAAUUGGUAGUAGAUAAUCUACCGAUCUUGCGUACUAGAAUCGCUUUUGAUUCCGACUUUGGGUUCUUACAAGUUGUUCUGGAGGACGAGAUUAACUGGAUCUCUGCCAAAAACCUUGACUCUUAUGUUGAUGGAGACCGUUCCCUACCUAUCACCUAUGGCGAUCGCCUUGUCCGUUUUGCAGUCGUUGAAGGCCAGUCCCAUGAUGAGGAAAUUUACCUCGUUUGGUCCAUCCACCAUGCUCUCUAUGAUGGUACCAGUCUUUCACUUAUCCUCGACAAGGUCGGCCAAGCCUACACGGAGGGGUUUAUAGAGGCUUCCCCAGCCAGCUCUUUUAAUCGUUUUAUCAAGCAUCUUAGCAAAACUAGCCGCGAGUCCUCCGAUAGAUUCUGGAAGAAACAACUCUCCGGAGCUGGCCCUUCCACAUUCCCCGCGACUCGGGACAUUAAGCCAUCCAAGCGCAUCGAAGCUUCUCUCGUUCACCGUAUUGAACUUCCAAAAUACAACCACCGAUCAAUUUUCACCCGAUCUACUACUGUGCGCGCUGCAUGGGCUUUAGUCGUUGGCCGCUACUCCGACACUACUUCUCCUGUUUUCGGAAUCACUCUGGCAGGCCGCAAUGCGUCUGUACCAAGGAUAUCGGAAGUCGUCGGCCCAACCAUUACCACACUUCCUGUAAAGGUUGAGAUCAAUCUUGAAAAAAGCACUGUGCCAGAUUACCUACGAAGCAUCCAGCAGCAAAUGACCGAGAUGAUACCUUACGAACACGUUGGUCUUCAGAAUAUUCGCCGGUUAGGUGCCGAAGCGCAGGAUGCUUGUGACUUCCAAAAUCUGUUGGUCAUUCAGCCUGGCACCGAUAUGUCCAGCACUGAGUAUCCACUCGGCCUGGAGAACAUUGAGACACGCCAAGCUGGAUUCCACACAUACCCAUUAGUUGUCGAGUGCAACCUUGAUGAGAAUGCAAUUAACGUGGAAGCUGUCUACGACACUAGUACAAUGCAACGAGAGCAGGUCCAUCGUCUUCUCCACCAGUUCGAAAGUGCCAUCCGUGGGGUAGUGGCUCAUGCUAACAAUCCCAAGAUGAGGCUCUCAGACAUCGAACUGUUUAAUACUGACGAUAUGUCAACACUUCUUACCUGGAAUAACGCGGCUUUUCCUGCAGUCGAGAGCACUAUUCCUGAACUUUUCAGUCGUCAAGUCGCACUAUAUCCCCACUCGCUUGCUGUUCAUGCGUGGGAUGCACAGUUCACCUAUAGAAAACUUGAUCAGUUAUCCGACAAGCUGGCGUGCCUCCUCAUAGGACUGGGAGCCAAGCCCGGCAUAAUCAUCCCAACUUGCUUCAAUAAAUCUGCUUGGAACGUCGUUUCGAUGCUUGCCGUUCAGAAAGCAGGGGGUGCUUGCCUCGGCAUCGAUCCCGCGUAUCCAAAAAAACGUAUCGAAAAGAUUCUCCACAAAGCCAACUCGCAAAUCGUUCUUACCAGCUCAAACCAUGACUCUAUCUUCAGCAAUAUUACUCAGCAUAUCGUAGUAGUAGAGCCAUCGAUGUUCAAGGAGGCUGCACUCGCGAAGCUUCACACCAAGCCAGUGCUUCAAGCGCAGCCUACAGAUGCCGCCUUCGUCCUGUUCACCUCCGGAUCUACUGGUGAACCGAAGGGCAUAGUCAUUGAACAUGGGUCAUUCUGCACUAGUGCAAUGGCACAUGGCACACAGUGGAAUAUUGGCCCUGGCACAAGAGUUUUCCAAUUCGCUGCGCACACAUUUGAUGUUAGCAACGCUGACUUUGGAACAACUAUUACUCGCGGUGGCUGCAUUUGUAUUCCAUCUGAUGACGAGCGCUUUAACGAUCUUGCCGGUGCAGUUACACGUCUUCGUGCUAAUUGGAUGUUCUUGACCCCUACCGUUGCGAAACUAUUGCAACCAUCUGAAGUGCCGACGUUAAGAACUCUUGUGCUAGGUGGUGAGGCAUCCUCAAAAGACGAUAUUAGCACAUGGGCUGAGAGCGUCGACUUAAUUAUCUGCUAUGGUCCCGCAGAGACGUCGAUUUACUGCGCCGGAAGCCCACCUGCGACGCGUACAUCAAUCCCCUCCAAUGUUGGACACCCUAUUGGAGGCAACUUCUGGAUCACUGAUGUGUCUGACCAUAAUAAGCUCAUGCCGGUUGGAUGCGUAGGAGAACUCCUUAUAUCCGGCAGAAUUGUCGCCCGAGGAUAUCUUAACGACAAAGCAAUGACUGACGCCGUAUUCAUAUUAAACCCGGCCUGGGCCCAUGAGUCUUCGAUGCCUCAAAGAUUCUAUAAAACAGGAGACUUGGCUCGCUUUAACCCGGACGGUACUGUAAAUAUUCUUGGUCGGAAGGAUUCUCAGGUCAAGCUUCGAGGACAACGUAUUGAGCUCGGAGAAAUUGAGUACCAUAUCAAGCGUUUACUAAAUACACCUGAUGCCGGGGUCGAACUUAUCAAACCUGUUGAUAAACCUGAGAAUGCAUACCUUGCAGCCUUCUUGCCGGGAAUAGAGGGAAAUUCGGAAAAUAUCCUUUUAGAUAUAUCCGAAGAGCUGCUUUCCUUGCUUAGUGAGCUUCAAGCGGAACUGACUGCAGUCCUUCCAUCGUACAUGGUACCAUCUGUCUAUUUGCCUAUUCAGGAGAUGCCCUUGACUGCCAAUGGGAAGCGUGACAAAAGGGUACUGAAUUCAAUUGCACUUGGCCUCUCAAAACAGCAACGCGCUCUAUAUGGCUUGUCUGGAAAGUCUGGUAAACAGGCACCAUUGACCUCCUCAGAGGAGAGACUGAAAUCACUUUGGAUGGCCGCUCUAGGCUUUGACUCUUCCAUAUCCAUUAGAGCCUCUGACAACUUUUUCCGCCGCGGGGGUGAUUCCAUUGCAGCUAUGCGCUUAGUGGCUCUUGCCCGCGAGGAACAGGUGCAGUUGACGGUUGCAGACGUCUUCAUGCAUCCCCGACUCUCUGACAUGGCUACCAACUACAUCGGUCUUAGCGAGACCCAUGUCGAGGUCGAAGAAGUUAUUGAACCCUUCUCGCUCUUGCCACGGACUAAGAGUACAUCUAGUCAGCUCGCUGAUUUUGCAGAGCAGUGCGGCGUCACGACUAACUUUAUUCAAGAUGCAUACCCAUGCACCGCUUUGCAGGAGGGUCUUCUGUCAUUGUCAUUAAAACAACCUGGAUCUUACAUUACAAGUAAUGUUUUCCGUGUUCCCAGCACUAUCGAUAUCCGCCGAUUCAAAACCGCGUGGGAGCAAGUUGUUGAGGCAGCAGAUAUCUUGCGCACAAGAAUCGUGUAUUCGCGGUCGUCUGGAUGCUUCCAGGUCGUGGUGCGCGAAAGCAUCAAUUGGGAGACUGCUUUAUCCGUCGAAGGAUUUCUGUCAUCGCAUAUAAAUACAUUUGUUCGCUAUGGCAGCCCACUUGCUCGAUAUUCAUUAAUUAACCAAAAGAAAGGUGGUAUUGAAGAGCUUUACUUCGUUUGGGUUGCACAUCAUGCGAUCUACGAUGGUGCAAGUAUGUAUUUCACACUCCGAGGCGUCAUGGAGGCGUAUAUGAACGAUAAUACACUUCCGCCUUUGCCGUUCAAUGGAUUCAUCAAAUACUUGCAAUCGGUCGAUCAGCACGAACAGGAUAGCUAUUGGCGAAAACAAUUCAAAGGUGCAAGCACGGCAAGCUUCCCAGUGGCAAAGAAAUCCAGUGAGGCACCGAGGGAAGAGCAGCUACUCAUGCGUAAGGUGCCGCUCACUGCUCCUGCAGCAGGCUUUGAAAUCACCAUGUCAUCUAUUGUUCGUGCAGCUUGGGCAAUAGUUGCUGGUCGAUACUCCGGGACAGCAGAUGUGGUCUUUGGCGUCGUCCUGACAGGCCGCAAUGUUCCAAUCAGAGGCAUGGACAAACUCAUUGGCCCUACCAUUACUACAACCCCCGUUCGUAUCAACAUCAACCAAUCAGAAACAUGCUUCGACUUCCUCAAACGGGUACAACUCCAGUCUGCAGAAGCCAUGCCAUACGAACAUACUGGGCUACAACACAUUCGCCGCCUUGGAGCUGAUGAGAAGGCGGCAUGCGAUUUUAAUACCUUACUCACUGUCCAACCUACGGCUCGCGAAACUGACGGCGAGAUGAAUGUCCUUGGAUUAGAACGCAUCCAGCAAGACCAAACCGACUUCCAUACUUAUCCACUGGCCUUGAGCUGCUACCUUGGAGUAGGGGAAAUUGAGUUUGAAGCUUUCUACGACUCGAACAUUAUUUCGCCGGAGCAAAUGGACCGUAUACUAAGUUUGUUUGAGCAAGUCAUCACUCAGCUGCGCAACGAGGCCAACCUCGAUACGCCCAUCAAGGAGCUCGUUCUUCGCCCAACCCAUGAUAUGGCUCUCAUCCAAACCUGGAAUGGAGUUGCACCACAGGCCAAAGAUUGUUGCCUUCAUACGAUGGUUACAGAGCGCGCCCGCUCGGUCCCACAUAGUGUGGCAAUCGAAGCUUGGGACGCUCGUUUGACGUAUGAACUGCUAGAUCAGCAGUCCCAGAAAUUGGCCCAUCACCUUGUGUCUAUUGGCGUCAAGAUAUCAAGUCAUGUUCCUAUACUUGAUGAACAAUCCGCCUCAGCAAUCAUAAGCACAAUCGCCGUCCUCAAGGCCGGUGCUAUAUGCAUGCCAAUCAACCCCAUGUCUAGCACCGAAGAGUUGCAAGACACCCUUUCUCGUGCUGAUGCUACUAUUCUUCUUACCUGUCCUCGCUUCAAUCAGCCCUUGAAGAGCAUCUCGGUACAAACUCUGGCAAUCACCCCGUCGUUCCUUGCUUCCCUUCCCGAUAUCACGGCGGCCAUAGAUAAUACCGUAUCACCAACUGACGCUGCCCUUAUCCUAACUAAUUCCCAAAAUACGAAGGGCGUUGUCUUUACGCAUCGCUCGCUAUGCUCAAGCAGUAUGGCUCAUGAGAAGGCCUUACCAUCCUCUCGUGAGCGUGUCUUGCAGUAUGCUCCCAAUACCUCGGCAUGCUACCUCCACGAAGUUUUUACCACUUUAGUCUUCGGGGGCACUGUCUGCAUUUCAACAGAGGAUGAUAGGACCAGCCGGCUUGCUCAUGUCAUAGAUGACUUGAGAAUCACCCGAGCCUAUCUUACUCCCACCAUUUCAUCUCGUCUACGUCCAUCGGAAGUUCCAACCCUACAUACCUUAUGCCUAGUUGGUGAAAUGGCGAUUCCAAUGAACAUUGAACAAUGGUCGGCACAACUGGAGAACUUGUCCAGAACUUAUGGUCCUCAAGAGUGCCUUGGAUGGUCCACGCCUAUUUCCUCCGAUACAACCAUCACCCACAUUGGUAGCAACUCCGAUCUAAUUCCUUGGGUUGUUGAUCAUACCGACCAUAACCACCUAGUACCUAUCGGCUGCGUUGGCGAGCUAGUCAUUGAAACACCCACCCUCGCUCAAGGCUACUGGAAGGAAGAUGCUUUAACAAACGUAUCUUUCGUCGAAAGUCCGUCAUGGGCUACUCAAAUAGCUUCACGAUUCCGUAGCGAUAAUCAGGACCGUAGUGGGAUAAUAUUUUUCAAGACGGGCGACCUGGUGAGGUACAACGGUAAUGGGACUCUCGAGUAUGUCAGGUGCAAGGAUGCCCUAUUCAACGCUCAUCUAGAAGUCGAAGACUAUGUGAGGCGUGAGCUCGUUCAGCUAGGGGUGACUGAUGCAAUUGUGGAGGAAGUGGACGGCACAAUUUCUAUUUUCUAUUACAUUGAGUCUGAAGCCCCUACGUUUUCAAAGAAUCUUUUCAAGGCUAGCACAGCCAACCCGCUAGAGGAGAUCUCACAAGUCAUCAGUUCGCUUUCCUGUAACUUCCCGCAGUCUGCGAUCCCGACAACCUUCGUCCCACUCGAGUUCAUGCCGAUUCAAAGAGGAGGUGAAUGCGACAGGCAAAAGAUUCGAGACGAAAUGAAAACUCUCUCCCCUAAUCAAUUGAAGCAAUACAAGAUAUCACAAAUCGCCGAAAUUGGUCGACGACAACCAUCUACGAUGGUUGAGAUGAAGCUUCAGCAGCUAUGGGCUGACGUGCUUGCUAUAGCUCCCGAGACUAUUGCAGCCGGUGAUAGUUUCCUUCACCUUGGUGGAGAUUCUAUCGGGGCUAUGAAACUAGUUAGUGAAGCUCGCAAGCAGGGCGUCAUGCUUAGUGUUGGUGAUGUCUUCCGUCACCCUCACUUGGAGAAGAUGGCAGAGUCCGCCAAAAUAAAGCCGGAACCAAGUCAAACAUCCCAGCAGACAGCCACUCCUGACCUUGUAAGCUCAGGGCCAGUUGCCCCCUUCUCCUUGCUUGAGGGCUUUGAGGACAAGAAUAUGUUCGAGAUUAUCAUGGAGCUUGCCACCAAGUGCGAGGUUAAUCCAACGCAUUUACAAGAUGCCUACCCGUCAACUGCUCUGCAAGAGGGUCUUUUUGCUUUGUCAAUUAAGCAAACCGGAGCAUACAUGGCUCAAAACGUGUUUCGCCUACCUACGAAUAUCGACCUCGAUAAAUUCCAAAGGGCAUGGGAAACUGCGAUGAAGGCUACAGACAUCCUUCGAACCCGGAUCGUUGACAUUGAUGGCUUACAUCUUCAAAUUGUGGUCAAAGAACCGAUUGAAUGGCGAACCUCCACUAGCCUCGGGGGAUAUCUAAGCCAGGACCUUUCAACAGCCAUCACAUAUGGAAGCCCGUUGGUGCGAUUUGCUAUUGUGAAUGACGGAGAUACUAGCGAGCGAUAUUUCGUUUGGUCAGCACAUCAUGCCAUCUACGAUGGUGGUAGCAUGCCGAUGAUCAUGGAGAGGGUUGCUCAAGCCUAUGAUGGCACAGCUAUAACAGCAUCACCUGCUUUCAACGUCUUUGUCAAGUAUCUCCGAUCUAUUGAACAGCAAGGAUCCAACGAGUAUUGGCGUCAAGAGCUGAGCAACGCAACUGGCAGCUCAUUUCCUACUCCUUCGCCAAACUCAGUUCGAAAUGAAGAGACUUUCUCCCGUAUGGUUCGUCUCCAAGGACAACAGAGCACACAUUUUAGCAGUGCAACCUUUACGAUGUCAACUCUCGUCCGAGCUGCCUGGGGUAUAGUUGUCGGUCGGUACACGAAUACUACUGAUACCGUAUUCGGUGUUACAAUUGCUGGGAGGAAUGCUCCGAUCGCUAAUAUGGAUAGCAUUGUCGGCCCAACGAUUACCACCGUACCCUUGAGGAUCACCUACGACCAAGGGGAUGCUAUCGCCUCUUUCCUCGAAGCUCUUCAGAUUCAAGCUGCUGACAUGAUACCUCAUGAACACACUGGCCUCCAGAAUAUCCGACACCUGGGCGCUGAAGUUCAAGCUGCUCUCGAAUUUAACAACUUGCUUGUUGUGCAACCAGCUAUUGGAUCCAAUGAGGAUGAACCCUCAGAUGGUAUCUGGAACCUAGAAAGGGUAAAUGUAGCUCAAUCUAGCUUUCAUACUUAUCCACUCAUCGUCGAGUGCGACUUGAUCGACAGUAGAAGUAUAGAAGUCAAGAUGUUCUUCGAUAAGAACGCCAUCUGUGCCGAGAAGAUCAAACGACUCAGUGCUCAUUUUAACCAGGUAAUUAAAGAGCUCUACCUCGGCUCAUCUACUCAACGUACCCUUAAUUCUAUCCACAUGUUUUCUGUCGAGGAUACUACCGACCUGUUGGCUUGGAAUGAGGCUGUUCAAACUGAGAUCAUGGACACAUGCGUCCACGAGGUUUUCAAACAGCAAGCCGCAAAGACCCCUGAUGCUGAAGCUAUCUGUGCAUGGGAUGCAACACUCAGCUACAGAGAAGUCGACGAAUUCUCCGAGCAGCUUGCUCAUCGUUUGGUUGCCGCAGGGGUUGGUCCAGAGGCCCUCGUUCCCCACUGCUUCGACAAAUCCGCUUGGACCUCGGUCGCACUCAUGGCUAUUAUGAAAGCUGGAGGCGCCUGUGUUGGUUUGGACCCAGCCCACCCAAAAAAACGCACUGAGGAUGUUGUUGCGCGCACACGAGCUCGAGUCGUUGUUGCUAGCCCUAAGCACUGCCAUCUCUUUGAAGGGCUUGUUGAUUCCGUUGUAUCUGUUGAUGCUCGCACUUUCAACCGUUCAGCUCCUCCCGUCGCACGAGUGCCUAUGCGUGCUACCUCCAGCAACCCAGCUUUCGUCCUAUUCACCUCCGGCAGUACUGGUACGCCCAAAGGAAUAGUCAUUGAACAUGGCGCCUUGUGUACAAGCUCCGAGGCCCAUGGAUCCUGCUGGCAUAUUGGCCCUGGGACAAGAUUGUUUCAAUUUGCCGCCCAUACCUUCGACGUUAGUGUUGCAGAUAUGUGCACCUCACUCAUGAGAGGAGCAACGAUAUGUGUUCCAUCCGAUGCCGCAAGGGCCAACAAUCUAGCAGGUGCAAUGAACGACAUGAAUGUCAACUGGACAUUCCUAACACCUACUGUGGCACGACUUCUACGUCCAGCAGAAGUCCCGUGUUUGAAGACUUUAGUCCUUGGGGGAGAACCUUCUACUAUGGAGAAUAUUGGCACUUGGGCUAAUGAUGUAGAGCUCAUCAUCUGCUAUGGUCCUGCUGAAACUUCGAUUUAUUGCGCAGGUAGCACUCCAGCAGUUUUAGGCAAGAGCGAGCCUUCUAACGUUGGAACCGCGAUUGGUGGCAGUUUCUGGGUCGUUGAGCCUGAUGACCAUGAGAAACUUACACCAGUCGGUUGUGUGGGUGAACUCUUGAUCGAAGGCCGCAUCGUAGCCAGAGAGUACCUCCACGACAAAGAAAAAACCGAUGCAGCUUUCAUCAUCGAUCCACCUUGGCUCAAGAACUUCAGGGGUGCUGUUGGAUGCAAGCUCUAUAAAACUGGUGACUUAGCCAGAUUCAAUGAAGAUGGCACACUGAGUAUUCUCGGACGAAAGGACUCACAGAUCAAGCUACGCGGCCAACGGGUGGAAUUGGGAGAAAUAGAGUUUCAAAUCAUGGCUCAAUUGAGAUCAGUUGGUGCCAAAGACACCGUGGUCGAGCUGAUUAAGCCAGACGACAAACCAGAGGCCGCAUAUCUUGCUGCGUUCAUUACAGGUCUAGUCAAAAGCAAUUCUAAGGAGUUUCUGGCGCCGAUAUCUGCCAGUCUCAAGACGAGCUUGUUAAAACUAGAAGAGUUCCUGACGGAUACCUUACCUUCUUACAUGGUCCCAGCCGUCUACAUCCCACUCACAAGGCUACCAUUAACGCACAACGGGAAACGAGAUCGUCACAUGCUUCAAAUCUUCCUGGAAGAAAUGUCAGCCAUUCAGGUGGCCCAAUACCGACUGUCUGACGGAGCUAAACGAGAGGUCUCCUCGGACAUGGAGGUUUCCAUACAAUCUCUUUGGGCCGAGGUGUUAAACGUCCCAAGCAGCACCAUUGCGGCUAAUGACAAUUUCUUCCGCCUAGGAGGUGAUUCGAUUUCAGCUAUGAGAUUAGUCGCAGCAGCUCGAGCUCAGUCAAUCACGCUGACUGUCGGUCACAUAUUCCAACGUCCUAAGCUUGCCGACCUCGCUUACGCAAUUGACCAUAUUGAAGAUGUUCAAUAUGCGGAUGGAGAGUACACACCUUUCUCACUGCUGAAGGGCGAUGGUGAGCUCGACCAACUCCUGGACGCUGUCGCUAGUCAGUGCUCCAUUGAUAAAGCUGAAAUCCAAGAUAUAUACCCAUGUACGGCUCUACAAGAGGGCAUGUUAGCUUUGUCAACCCGCCAAUCUGGGGCAUAUGUUGCUCAACAUGCCUUCCGACUCUCCUUGAGAUCAUCGGAAGACAUUACCCGAUUCCGCGAGGCAUGGGCGGAAAUGGUGAGAUGUACAGAUAUUCUCCGUACAAGAAUCGUGUAUAUUCAUAAUCAAGAACUGGGCUCUCUCCAAGUUGUUGUGGAUGAUAAACCCGUUUGGCAGGAAUCAGCGUCUCUAGCCACAUACCUGUCUGAUUCUCGGAACGACUCUCUAACUUACGGCAGCCAACUGUCCCGCUAUGCUUUGAUCACCGAAGGCGACGAAACCUUCUUUGUGUGGACAGCACACCACGCUAUUUACGAUGGUGGGAGCGUUCCCAUGGUCCUCAGCCUCGUCCAACAGUCCUUUAAUGGCGAGAAGAUCAUUCCUACUCCACCUUUUACUGGCUUUGUUUCCUAUCUUAUUAGCGGCAAUGAAACUACUCGUGACGAUUACUGGACAGAUCAGCUUUCUGGAUGUAACGUAUCGAAUUUCCCAGCGGCACAGAUACCGGCCACCCAGAAGAAAUCGAGAGUUGAGAAGAGUCUAGUUCACAGUAUGAGCUUUACUCAAAACCCAAACACUGCUUUUACUAAGUCCGCCAUUAUCCGCGCUGCAUGGGCGAUGGUAAUUUCGCAGUACACUGGAAGCGAAGACAUUGUAUUUGGGGCCACCUUGGCUGGUCGAAAUGCUCCUGUGCCUGAUAUGGAACGCAUCAUUGGUCCUACUAUCACCACAGUCCCGGUUAGAGUGCGCCUCGACCGCACUCUAAGCGUAGAGGAUCUCCUAAAUGGACUGCAAGACCAGGCCGCAGACAUGAUCCCAUUUGAGCACUCGGGAUUGCAAAAUAUUCGCAAGUUGAACGCUGAUACCCAGCUGGCUUGCAACUUCCAGAAUCUCUUAGUGAUUCAACCCAAGCUGUCUGCAGAAUCAGAUGAGAUUCCUGCCGCCUCACUCUUCGAGCACAUCAGCAUUGGGCAAGAAGACUUCCACACAUAUCCGUUAGUUCUUGAGUGCAACUUGAGCGAAGAUCGAAUAAUUAUGGAAGCGCAUUACGAUGUGAAUGUUAUUCCAACACGCCAAGUCCAACGAGUCGCCUAUCAACUCGAGCAUAUCAUCAAGCAGCUGCAUUCCGCCUCUCAAGGUUAUACUCUAGGGGAACUCGAUAUGAUCUGCCUACAAGACAAGCAGCAGAUCAUGAUUUGGAACCAUGAUGAGCCUGAAUCAGAUGAAUCCUGCGUGCAGAAUAUCGUCGAGGAGCAGGCUCUAGUGCGCCCUUCCGCAGUAGCAGUUGAUGCUUGGGAUGCCAAAUUAACUUAUCGUGAACUUGACUUGCUCGCGUCCCGUCUUGCCCAUCAUCUAUCCGCCAAAGGAGUUGGCCAAGAAGUAUUAGUUCCCGUGUGUUUCGACAAAUCUGCCUGGACAGUUGUUGCUAUGCUCGCCAUCCUGAAGGCAGGUGGAGCAUGCGUUCCUCUUAAUCCUGCGCAUCCAAUCACCAGACAUCAGGUUAUUCUCGAUAACACCAAAUCCAAGGUUAUAGUCACGGCACCGGAGUAUGAAGAGAGAUUUAAGGGUGCUGUAAACUGCGUCGUCGCUGUGAAUGCAACACUGCUACAAGACCUUCCUGAUGUUCCGGUGUCGCCUUGCCCAACUAUACAUCCUGGAAAUGCUGCAUUCGUGGUGUUCACAUCAGGCUCCACAGGCACACCUAAAGGUAUCGUGCUUGAGCAUAGAUCUUUAUGUACCAGCGCUCGCGAGCAUGGGGCAAUAAUGAGGGUACGGCCAACUUCUCGUGUCCUUCAAUUCGCUGCCUACACCUUUGACGUCUCUAUCGGCGAGAUCUUCACGACGCUCAUGUUCGGAGGCUGCGUCUGCGUUCCGUCUGAGGCACAAAGACUAGACCUUGCCGCAUCAAUCAACGCUAUGCAGGUCAACUGGGCAUACCUCACACCAACCGUAGCAGCCUUGUUACAUCCUUCGGAGACACCGACUCUAAGGACCCUUUCAAUAGGCGGCGAAGCUGUCAAACAGGAUACCCUUACACUUUGGGCCGAUCAAGUGUUUCUUAUCAAUAUUUAUGGGCCAGCAGAGACUACUAUUUGGUCAACAGCUUUGCCAAGUCUUAAAACUUCAACCUCCGCGGCCACGAUUGGCAGAGGUAUAGGCUCGUUCUCCUGGGUUGUUGAUCCCUCAAACCACAAUAUCCUCGCUCCAAUAGGGUCCACCGGUGAACUACUCAUUGAGGGACCCAUCCUUGCGCGAGGAUACCUUAAUGAUCCGGCAAAAACCGCCGCCGCCUUUAUUGAAGAUCCAGCCUGGAUUAAGCAUAAGUGCAGAACUCGUCGAUUCUACAAGACUGGAGAUCUCGUCCGUUAUAAUAAUAAUGGCACGUUGGACUUUGUAGGACGCAAAGAUACCCAGGUCAAGUUAUUCGGCCAAAGAAUCGAGCUAAGUGAAAUCGAGCACUAUCUCAAACAAGAACUACAGAAACUUGGUCUCAAUGAAGUUGCUGUCGAAAUGUGCAAGUCCUCACACCGCUCAGUGGGAGCAGAGCUGCUUGCGGCCUUCUUCUCGGGCCCCAGGGUCUUACUCUCCAAUGGAACCAACGAUGCUGAAAAUCCAGUCGCGUUCGCUAUUCCGAAGGCUAUGCAUCAGUCACUCCUUCAGGCCAAGGCUGCCCUUAAUGGAAUUCUACCUUCUUACAUGAUUCCUUCAAUGUACGUUCCGAUGACUAGACUACCGCAGACGGUUUCCGGGAAAACGGAUCGAAAGGAGUUGAGGCGCCUAGUAGCUGAGCUGUCGCAAGAGACGUUGUCUAGUUUUGCACUGGGUGCUAGGCAAUACAAGCCAGUUUCUACCCCUAUGGAAAAGGACCUGCAGUCUCUAUGGGUGCAAGUGUUGGGUCUCCCUGAAGAUUUAAUCGGGGCCAAUAACAACUUCUUCCAGCUCGGCGGGGACUCCGUUGGAGCCAUGAGACUCGUAGUAGCAGCUCGCGGCCAGGGUUUUGCAAUUACGGUUCCCGAGAUUUUCAGUCAUCCAGUUCUCAGCCAAAUGGCAACAGUGCUUGAAAGCAGCAAUGGCGAAGAUGACAGCCCCGAGGUCUUACAACCUUUCAGUCUUCUUCAAGGUAUUCACAACUUGCAAGAGCAAAUCGAGCAGGCCGCGUCACAGUGUGAUCUCAGCUUUUCUUCUGUGAUAGAUAUGUAUCCCUGCACUGCACUCCAAGAAGGCCUUCUUGCUUUGUCGGUCAAAGAGCCGGGAACUUACAUGGCGCAAAACGUUUUCAAGCUACCAUCAAAUAUUGACGAGCAACGCUUCCGCAACGCUUGGGCUACGGCUAUGAAGACUGUCGACAUCCUCCGUACUCGGGUCGUCUACCUACCUGCCCUUCGCUCUAUGCAAGUGGUAACUAAUGACAGAAUCGAAUGGCAGAGUGCAACCUCUUUAGACGAGUACCUAGAAACCGACCGACAAAGUCCCGUCAGCUUCGGCAGUCGCCUCGCUCGUUACGCCAUUAUCCAUCAGCACGACACUCGCUAUUUCGUUUGGACCAUCCAUCAUGCCCAAUACGACGGGAGCAGCUUGUCGAUGAUUCUCGAGAGGGUCGCUAAUGCAUAUGAAGGCAAAGACGCAGCUGAAGAGAAGCUACCCUUUAACAGCUUCAUCAAGUAUCUAACUCAAACUAACACCGAUGCCCGCGAUGAGUUCUGGAAAUCUCAGUUAAAAGAUGCAUCACCGGCAGUGUUCCCUCUACAGUCCACCAGCGCUCAACAGAAUCGCCAGUCCAUGGCUAGGAAAGUCAAACUCCCAAUAAAUAUUGGACAUACCAAUAUUACUAGGUCUAAUUUGAUCAAGGCAUCGUGGGCAUUAAUCCUUUCAAAAUACUCCGGCACAGAGAGCGCUACUUUCGCGCUCACACUAGCUGGUCGAAAUGCCUCUAUUAAAGGAAUCAGCAAGAUCGUAGGCCCCAUGAUUACUACGGUCCCAAUUCACGUCCCAGUGAACUACAACCAAUCAACCCAGAAAUUCCUAGAGGAUAUGCAGCUUCAAUCAGCGGAUAUAAUGCCUUUCGAGCAUACCGGCCUCCAGAACAUUAGGCAAUUAGGUAGCGGUCCAAUGGCCGCUUGCGAUUCUCGAAAUCUCCUUGUUAUUCAACCACGUUCGACUGCAGAGGAAACAUUCUCGACCGCCACAGCACAGAGCUAUCUGUCCCUAGAAGCGGUUAGCCAUGCCCAAAAGGACUUUCACGCUUAUCCACUUGUCCUGGAGUGCAACCUGGACGAUGGCUCAAUCGAAAUCGAUGCUCAAUAUGACGCUAAUUCAAUCCACCCGAGCCAGAUGGAGUCAAUUUUGGGUCAAUUUGAGCAAGUUAUCUGCCAAUUGAUGGAAACCCUUUCCUACCGGCCCGACACAGCUUUGUCGCAGAUUGACAUAGUUAGCUCAGCGGAUAAGGCCAAGAUUCUUCAAUGGAAUAAAGAGCAUGAGACAGUCAAUGCCUGCAUACACGACCUAGUCUCGCAACAGGUUGCUCAAAGACCAUCUGCACUCGCUGUUCAUGGAUGGGAUAUCAACCUUACAUAUUCUGAGCUUGACUGUUUAUCCGAGCGUCUCGCAUCCCACCUCACUAGUCACGGCGUCGGGCCUGAUGUUCUAGUGCCAUUCUGCUUUGAUAAGUCGACUUGGGCGAUCGUAGCUAUGCUUGCAACUCUCAAAGCUGGUGGAGCGUGUGUGGCUCUCAAUCCAGCUCACCCAAUUGAUCGACUUCAAGACAUCCUCAAAGAAACAGCCGCUCGGGUUGUCCUUUCUGGGACAGCUCAUGCUAGGAUUUUUCAAGGCAUGGCUCAAGUUGUAGUUGUCGACCAAGAUUCCAUGGACGAUAUUCCACUUCCAGCGGGAGACAACACCCCUGAAAGCUCAUUGGCGCAGCCCAGCAGUCCAGCAUUCAUUGUAUUCACAUCUGGCAGCACUGGAAAGCCAAAAGGAAUCAUGCUGGAGCAUCGCGCCCUCUGCUCGAGUGCCAAAUCUCAUGGAGCAGUGCUUGGAAUCAACAAUCAAUCCCGUGUACUCCAAUUUUCGGCUUACACAUUUGACGUGAGCAUCGGUGAAAUAUUUACUACGCUCAUGGCUGGCGGCACUAUUUGUGUGCCAUCAGAGCAAGACAGGAUGGAAAACCUCGCCGAAGCUGUACAAAUCAUGGAUGUAAAUUGGGCGUACCUUACUCCAACUGUUGCCAGUUUUCUGCACCCUGAUCAAGUCCCGACUUUGAAGACCUUGGCUUUAGGAGGUGAAGCCGUUAGACCUGAAAACAUUCGUGUUUGGGCUGACAAGGUCCACUUGAUUAAUAUUUACGGCCCAGCUGAAACCUCUAUUUGGUCGACUGCACUUGCUGGUCUCACGUCUACAACAUCUUCCAAUAAUAUUGGCCAUGGUGUAGGAGCAAAGAUGUGGCUCACCGACCCUACCGAUCCGCAACAAUUGUCCCCUGUGGGGUGUGUUGGCGAAAUCCUAAUUGAAGGACCAAUUUUAUCCCGCUGCUAUCUCAAUGAACCAGAGAAGACUAAGGCGGCCUUCAUUGAAAUGCCUCGCUGGGUUCGGGACAAAGCUUUCUUCACAUCGAAUGGAACACGUCGAUUCUAUCGAUCAGGAGACUUGGGCCGGUAUAACCACGAUGGAACUCUAGAAUUCCUUGGUCGCAGAGACACUCAGGUCAAGCUUCGUGGUCAACGCAUUGAACUUGGCGAAAUCGAGCACCACAUCUACGCCCAUCCGAAUGUCCAACAAGCAGCAGUCGUGGCACCUUGCUCCGGAUACUGUGAAUCAAGGCUGGUGGCUGUUUUGUCCGUCGUCCUCGAGAGACAGACCAUCGAGAAUGAUGCAGCACUUCAGCUUUUGAAUGGCGAGGAGCGUGAUGUAGCAGCUUCUUGGGUGUCAGAUAUCACACAUACUAUCAACACAAAGCUUCCAAGCUAUAUGGUGCCGACUACUUGGGUGGUAGUUGGAAGACUUCCUUUGAGUGUGUCUGGAAAACUCGACCGCAAGAUUGUGAAGCAAUGGGUUGAGCAGAUGGAUGAAGAAACUUAUCAAUCUGUUACCACAUCCACCGACCAAAAUAUCACUGACGUCGCAUCAAACGACAGAGAGGCCAAUAUUCAACAACUGUGGAGCCGUGUACUCAACCUGCCUCCGCAUCUCGUUACGAUGGGCCACUCCUUCCUAAGCCUCGGCGGUGACUCGAUUACAGCAAUGCAACUGGUUAGCCUUUUCCGAUCAGAGAACGUUGGCAGGGUCACCGUACGUGACAUCUUGCAGGCUCAGAGUAUCCCACAGCUGGCUCAAUCAACCUCAGCCCUAGGCACUACCAAACUUUCUGUAUCCGAUCCUGUUGACACACCUUUUGCUCUUACGCCUAUUCAGCAGUUCUACUUCGGCAUCGCUCCUCAAGCCAGCACUGCCUUUCAUCAAGCACUUGCUCUCCGAGUCAUGCGACCAGUUUGUUCGCAAGAAUUCAAAAAAGCCCUUGAGACGAUCGUGCAACGCCACUCGAUGCUACGCAGCAAAUUCUCUUUAGCUGAGACGGGCGAAUGGCAGCAGAUCAUUUCUUCCAACGUCACCGAGUCUUUCCGCUACCAAGUUCACAACAUUAGCGACCUAGCACAGUCUACCAACCUCGCAGCUGAAAGCCAGCAACUGAUCAAUGUCGAAUCGGGUCCGAUAAUGACUGUUGACCUAUUCAACGUUGAGGAUAGCGGCCAAGUCGUCUUCUUUGCAGCUCAUCAUUUGGCUAUUGAUCUUGUGUCCUGGCGCAUCAUGUUGUCUGAUCUCGAAAUGAUACUCGAAGGAAAAGCACUUGAAGCUCAUUCUCCGUUCCCCUUUCAGGCAUGGUCUAAGCUACAAGCAGAGUAUGCGAUUGAGUAUCUUGCUCCACAGAACGUUCUACCGGAAUCUUCUCAAAUACCAGCGGCCGAUUUCCAAUACUGGAGAAUGACCAACCAGCCGAACACGCUCAAUGAUGUCUUCCAUAGGAGCUUCACGCUUGACCCUGAAACUACCUCUGCUCUCCUUGGAAAGAGUAACAGAGUCUUAGGCACUGAGCCCGUUGACAUCUUCUUGGCUACUCUCCUAUUCUCAUUCGGCCGGACAUUUCCUGAUCGACAAGUUCCUCCAAUAUACAGCGAGAGUCAUGGACGCGAGCCCUGGAAUGCUGACAUUGACCUUUCUUCCACUGUUGGGUGGUUCACUACAAUCUCACCCACCACAGUUCCUGUCAGAACCACAGACAGCCUGUACGACGUCAUCCGUCGUGUUAAAGAUACUCGUCGUCAAAUACCCAAUAACGGAUGGCCGUACUUUACCUCUCGCUACCUCAAUCCCGACGGCAUCGAAGAAUUCAAGAACCAUUGGCCUAUGGAGAUCAUCUUCAACUAUCAAGGACAAUACCAACAGCUUGAGCGUCAAGAUGCACUUCUGCGCAUGGAAACCCUACCAACACCUUCUCUAGGCAAAGAUAUGCAACGUUUUGCACUCUUUGAUAUUUCAGUCGCAAUCGUUGGAGCGGUUGCCGAGUUUUCGUUUACCUACAACCGCCAUAUGGGUAUGAGAUCCAGGGUGCGAGACUGGAUGGAUGCAUUUGAACUCGCACUACAUAAUGCUACAAUGUGUAUGGAAUCAAGGGCACCCGAGCCCACCCUUACUGAUUUUCCGCUCAUAUCCAUGACCUACGCCGGACUAGACAAAAUGAGAGAUUCCUUAGUUAACGCUGGCAUUUCUUCCUUCGACAAAGUUGAAGAAGUUUAUCCAUGCUCACCCAUGCAGGAAGGCAUUCUCAUCAGCCAGCAAAGACUUCCAGGGACAUAUGAAAUUCAUAAUGUUGCCGAGAUUCGGUCUACUAGGAAAAACCAGUCGCCUUCAAUAACACGUCUCAUGUCCGCCUGGCAGAAGGUAGUGGAUCGUCACUCAAUGCUCCGAACAGUUUUCGUCAAGACAAAAGCUCGCGAUGGGCUGUUCGACCAGGUCAUGCUCAAGGAUGUGAUUGCAAACAUCAUUCAAAUCAAGUGCGAAGAUUCAGUUGCGCUAGCACUGCUCGAGAAGGUAUCUGGACUGAGUGUUAACGAUAACGUCCCCCUUCAUAAGCUCGUCCUUUGCGAAACAUCCUCUGGCAGAAUGUACUGCAAGCUCAUCAUCAGUCACGCCCUCACCGAUGCUGCUUCAAACACGAUCUUGUUCCGUGAUUUCACUGCAGCCUAUGGAGGGUUAUCUUGGGUCAGUCCAGCUCCUCUCUACCGCAACUAUAUCGCCUUUAUUCAGAAACUUCCAAUCAACGAGAGCAUAACCUACUGGAAGCAUUACCUCGCAGGUGUGACAACUUGUUCAUUCCCAGUUAUCGAUGGUAUUUCUACUGAUAAGGAGGAAGAAAAGGAGAUUACCUUGGACGUCGGGUCUCUUGAUAAAUUCCGAAGCUUCUCAAAAUCGCAUGGCUUAACUAUGAACAGCAUUUUUCUCGCUGUCUGGGGAUUGGUUCUGCGCUGCUACACCGGCUCUGACGAUGUUUGCUUUGGAUUCCUAUCCGCUGGAAGAGACGCAGAAGUCGACGGGAUCCAAGAUGCCGUCGGACCAUUUAUUAACAUGAUGGUGUGCAGGGUAGACAUGUCGGCCGACACUGCUCUAGUCAGCCUUGUGGAACAAGUGCAAGCCGACUUUAUAAACAGCGUGCAGCAUCAACAUGUUUCUUUGGCGAAGAUUCAUAAUAAUUUAGGUCUUUUCGGCAAGGCUUUGUUCAAUACUGCCAUUUCUUUCCAAAGCACUUCUGGGGAAGAGCGUCAUGCUAGUAAAUCCGAAAUUGCCUUCCAUGAGAUGGAAGGCCAAGAUCCUACAGAAUAUGAUGUUGGGGUCAGCAUAGGUGUAUCAAACAAGGAUAUUCUUGCGAUCCUCAAGUACAGAACCUCAAAAAUGUCGCCAGAGCAAGCUCAACAUGUUGCAUUCACUUUCAGAAAAGCACUAAACAACAUUCUUCUUACGCCGCAAGACACUGUUAAGAGCACUAACUUGUUUGAUGUUGGCCACAGCCAGCAAGUAAUGGAAUGGAACCACGCAGUCCCAGAAAAUAAAACAAUCUGCGCUCAUGAUGAGAUCAUGCGAAAUGCGGCAGAGUAUCCUGAUGCCCUAGCUAUCUGUUCCUGGGACGGUAACCUUACCUAUUCGGAGCUUGAUCAGGCCUCAAACCAUCUUGCUAACUAUUUGGUGGAUUUGGGGGUCGGACCCGAAGUGAUCGUUCCACUUUGCUUCAACAAAUCUCUAUGUGCCGUCAUUGCCAUGAUCGGCGUGAUUAAAGCUGGUGGAGGCCUUGUGUUCUUGGAUCCAUCGCAUCCAGUUGAGCGCCGCAAGCACGUCAUUGAUACUGUUGGAGCCAAGAUGGUAUUGUCAUCGCCAGAACACUCGGAACUAUUCUCAUCGGCCAUUGAAACCCACGUCGUCAGUGGUGAGACCUUGGAUGAUAUGACAUUCCGCCCCGAACCGCCAAUAACAGGCGUCAAACCUUCAAACGCCUUGUAUGUUAUCUUUACUUCUGGCAGUACUGGGACACCCAAAGGAUGCGUAAUCGAGCAUCAAAAUUUCUGCAGUGGAGUCAUGUACCAGAAGCCUUACUCCAACUUCAUUCAACGCGAUAGUCGCGUCCUUCAACUCGCUUCCUACACCUUCGACGUCAGCAUCAUGGAAAUCAUAUCUGCCUUGAUGAUUGGAGCCUGCAUCUGCAUGCCCAGUCAAGAAUCUAUUCAACGCUCCCUGACAGAAGCGAUCAAUGAUAUGCAAGUUACCUGGGCUUUCUUGACUCCUUCAUUAGCCCGCAUUAUCGACCCGGAUGAAAUCCCCAGCAUGCGAACUAUGGUCCUAGGUGGUGAAGCACUCUCCCGAACCGACAUCUACACAUGGGCACACAAACUUCAACUGGUCAAUGGCUACGGACCGUCCGAGUGCUCCGUCGCUGCAACUUCCAACCCUGACAUAAACAGUGCCACAGAUCCUGCAAACAUCGGUCGUCCAAUGGGGAGUAUAGCUUGGAUUGUUGAAGCCAACGAUCACAAUAAACUCGUUCCCAUCGGGGUGAGUGGAGAGCUGCUCCUCGAAGGCCCAAUUCUCUCUCGUGGCUACCUAAAUGAACCCGAAAAGACAGCUGCCGCAUUCAUUGAGAAUCCGGCAUUCCUAGCUAAUGAUGGAAAUACUCCACGCCGUCUGUACAAAACUGGCGAUUUGGUACGUAACAACCCUGACGGUACAAUCCAUUUUAUUGGACGCAAGGACACUCAGGUGAAGUUACGAGGACAGCGGAUUGAAUUGAGUGAAAUUGAGCAUCAUUUGUACGCCGAUGAUCGUAUCAACCAUGCCAUAGUCUAUCAGUCCAAAGAAGGUGCUUGCAGGGAUCGCAUUGUCGCCAUCUUGACGCUCAAAAAUAUCGUGCCGCUUGAAAAUCCAGAGGCACCAAGCAUUUCUUUAGUCAAUAAAUCCCAGCUUCGAACCUCCAAGGUCCGCAUUCAAGACAUUCAAGAUGCGCUUUCGGAACACGUCCCAGGAUACAUGGUUCCUACAGCCUGGUUUGUGCUGAAUCAGAUCCCACUCAUGGUGUCUGGUAAAUUGAAUAGGGUUGUUGUGCACAACUGGGUUCAAGCAAUGAGUCAAGAAGAUCUCGAAUCAAUCAUGGGUCUGUUUGAUGGAGAAGAUGAAGAAGAGGUGGAAAAUACAUUAGCCGUUGUGACUUCUGACGUUGAAGUGGUCAUUCAAGAUGCAUUCAGUAAAGUACUCAAGCUACCUCUGGACCAGGUACCAGCAAAUUUGUCCUUCUUGACACUUGGCGGCGACUCGAUCUCAGCUAUGCAAGUUAUGGGAAUCCUUCGUGAACAAGCUAUCGAUGUCUCCCUUCGCAACAUACUACAGAGCAAGAACAUUCCCCAACUCGCAGCUUCUGCAUCCACCGGUACCGAGUCAACAGUGGCCACAGCUGUUGAACAACAAAAUGUAGCCUUCCAGCUUUCGCCUAUCCAGCAAAUGUUCUUCGAGAUGUCCCCGGAUCCGAAUAUUCAGUUCAACCAGAGCUUCCUUCUCCGGAUUAACUCUACUGUCUCAGCCAUUGAAUUGAACGAAGCCAUAUAUGCUGUUGUUGAACGCCACUCAAUGCUUCGUGCACGUUUUAACCGUGACCAUACCGGCAAAUGGAUGCAGCAUAUCAGCUCCGACGUCGCCGGCUCAUAUCGUCUCCAGGUCCACAAGGCUGAAGAGAUCGACGAGCUUCUUCCUCUGGCCAACGCUACACAACGCUCCCUCAACAUUGAAAAUGGCCCACUCUUCGCGGCUGAUCUUGUCGACUUGGAUGGAGACGGACAAAUGAUAUAUCUAGUCGGACACCAUUUGGUAAUUGAUUUGGUAUCUUGGCGUAUUAUUAUGGGCGACCUUGCGACCCUGAUGCAAGGUCAGCCAUUAAGUCACCUGAAGCCAUUCCCAUUCCAAGCCUGGUCCGAACUACAGUCUGACUACGCGCGAGAGCAAUCAAUCCCUUCUCAAGUUAUGCCGCUUAAUAUUCCGGCUGCCAAUUACGCGUACUGGGGCAUGGAAGGCAAAUCAAACACUUUCCGGGAUACCGGCAGCGAACGCUUCAAACUUGAUGCAAGAGUCACCUCCAUGCUACUCGGAAGCUGCCAUAGAGCAUUACGGACAGAGACCAUGGACGUCUUACUUGCUGCUCUCAUACAAUCUUUCGAGGUCACAUUCGCCGACAGGGCUGCACCGGCAGUCUUUAGCGAAGGCCACGGCAGAGAGACAUGGAGUAACGAUAUCGAUCUCUCCCGAACCGUGGGCUGGUUCACAACUAUCGCUCCUGUUCAUGUACAGAGUGGUGAUGAUGUCCUUGACACUAUUCGCAAAGUCAAGGAUGUUCGACGCCGCAUGCCUGGCAAUGGCCUACAAUAUUUCGCAUCCCGAUUCUUAAAUCCCGAAUGUCGCGAGGCCUUUUCAAAACACUGGCCGCUUGAAAUCUUGUUCAAUUACCAUGGCCAAUUCCAGCAGCAACGUGGAGACGACUCUGACUUGCAGAUAAUCCCACUUUCAACGGAUGAUUUCAGCAAAGACAUGGAACGCCUCGCAUUGUUUGACAUCAACGCAACUAUAUCUGAUGGUGUCGCUGAAUUCACUUUGAUGUAUAACCAAAAGUCAGCACAUCAGGAGAAGAUCGCACAAUGGACGGCAAGCUUCCGUACGCUACUCUACCAAGCCGUCGUAAGGCUUGAAUACAUGACCGCCGAGUGGACACUAACUGACUUCCCACUCCUUGGAACGGACUUCGACUUGAAUCAACUGAUGAGACAACGCAUGCCCGCCCUCCGCAUCAAGAAUCUCGACCACGUCGAAGACAUCUACCCGUGUUCGCCAAUGCAGCAGUCCAUCCUCUCCGGCCAUGCGAAACGACGAGGCUUCUACGAAAUCUCCACCAUUUUCAAAUUGACCUCUAAAUCCUCGACACCAAUCGAUAUCCAACAGCUGCACUCAGCAUGGCAAGCUAUGAUAGACAGACACCCAAUCCUACGCACUCUAUUUAUUCUUUCAGUCUCGAGAUCCGCCCAGUAUGACCAAGUUGUGCUGCGUUCCGGUGCUGCAAAAGCCCGUCUCGAGCACUACAAUGCCAAGGUCGAAGGCGCCCAACUUGAAUCGUUGCCGGAACUUUCUCAACUACUUCCAAAUCCUCUCGAUGACGAUCCUGCAGCACUGCCACACCGCUUGACCACCGUAUCGACGCCAUCUGGCACUGUCUUCGUUCGUGCAGAAAUAUCGCAUGCGCUCAUCGAUGGCAUGACUUUGCAGACUCUGCUUGACGAGUUUAGUGCCGCCUACUACGGCACCAUAAACCAUAUCUCUGCCCCAAAAUACAUCGAGUACAUCGAGCACGUUCAAUCACAAUCAAACUCUGAUGACGAUAUAGCAACAAGACAGUAUUGGGCCGCCUACCUCCACGAAUUUAACGGGGCUUCUAGGCUUCCUGCUAUCCUAACAUCCAAGGACAAAUCUGCAGUCAGAGAACUACGCACCUCCCACGUUCCCAUACUUCCCUCUCUAGAUGCACUUAACGCAUUCUGCAAAAACAACAGCGUGACCCUUUCCUCUCUCCUUCGUGCGACAUGGGCUCUGCUACUCUCCUCCCACACGCAAGCCCGACAGGUAUCGUUCGGCUACAUAAUCUCCGGGUCUGAAACCUGCAUGACGCGGAUCGGCGAAGCAGUGGGCCCAUUUUUCAACUUGCUGCCCUGCUGUUUAAAUAUCGAGAAGCAGGAGAGAAUUAUGGAGGUUCUUUCGAAAAUGCAACAGGAUGCUACUGCUGCAAUACCAUAUCAGGAUGCAUUCGUUAAGGAUAUCUGCGAUGCGAAGGGUGUUUAUAAUUCGAUUUUCAACUUCAGAAAGUAUGCAAGCGGCGAUACUACCACCGAUAGCCUCAACGGUAUAGAAGAAACCGAGGAUCACAUUGAGUGGAAGCCAAUUAAGACGCACGAUCCUUUCGAGUAUGAUAUUGCUGUUGAGGUCCUGGAAGCUGGGGGUUUGGUGUCAGUGGAGUUGAAGUGGUGGGUUGGUGGAAUUGGGGAGAAGCAGGCGGGUAGUCUAGCAGAAGGAUAUAAGAAAGUUUUAGAAGCUAUGUUGAGCAGGGGUGAUAUGGUUGUUGCUGAUUUGGGGAAGGUUGUUGGAUAA